AUGUCUGAAGCAGUCAUGGAUGAGGUUCCAUCUUCAAAUGGUUUAAUAACAGCAGAUACGAAUGCGUUAGUCGACGAAUCCGGUGUUAAAAAUGAAGAUGAAGAAUCGUGGCUGUAUGGAAAAUCGAAACUUGAUGAAAAUACUGAAUUAGCAGCAGUAGCGUCAUCGAUGGAUGAAGGUACAGCACAAGAUAUGGAUAAAGACAAAGCAACGAUACCGUUAGUGACAAAUGCACCAACUUCAUUGCUGGUCGGUAGUCAAAUCGAAGAUGAUUCGGAUGAUGAUGACGAUGAUGGAAUUCAAGUGACAAUUGGAAAUAUCAAAUCUGGUGCGGCUAUUUUCUCGACAAAUCGACAAAACAGUCGAACAGCAAUACCACAGGGUUCAGUCAUUCCAACAAAACCACAAGCAACACGUGGCGUCGAUUUAGAUGCUCAAGGUGUUAUUAACGGACAGCCAAUCUUUGAACAUGAUUUAAUGAAUGCCUAUAAGGACGAUGAAAAACCCUGGAAAAAGCCAGGUUUGAAAACGAUGACAACUUUGAUAUUUUUAAUCGAACUAUUUUGCACAGGUGCGGAUAUAACUGAUUAUUUUAACUAUGGUUUCACUGAAGAAACAUGGGCACAGUACUGCGAUCGUCAACGACGUCUACGAGCAGACAACAAUCUAGCUCGUCUCAAUGCUGCACAUAUGCCACAGAUGCCACCAAUGAUUCCAGGGCAUCCACCGAUGAUGCAUCCGAUGAAUCCUCACUCAGCAAUGAUGAUGAACAAACCACCAAUGAACAUGCCAAUUAUGCCAAGACCAUUUAUGAAUGUUCGAAAACAAGAUGGAAAGAUUGAUGUAAUUGGAGCUACGGAUCUAACAUCUCGUCGACCAAUGUUUGAACCAGGCCACUCUUUUGAUCAUAUGACAUACAUCAACGGACCUCCAUUUUCUGGUGGUCAACCACCGCCUAAUGGUCAGACAGUGGGCGAUCUUGCAACUCCACCACCAACAUCCAAUGGUCCAUCACAACCGCAACACGGAACACCACCCGGCGGCAACCAUCCCAUUCCAACACUUGGCGUGCCUCGAAUGUCAAUGAUACCACCGCCGAAUAUGCCAUUUCGACCGCAAUUCGGACAUCCACAUGCUCCUGGCGCACCACAAUUCUUUCCUCAUGGACCUGCGGGAGGCAUGCAUGGUGAAAGACCACCUCAAUCUUACUUUAUACCUCAUCCACAACAACAACAAUGGGAGAAACCCGGCGGACCGCCGAUGCAUGGCUUUCCACCUGGACACUUUCCUCCCCAACCACCCGCACUAGGCAAUGCUGGCAAUGGCAGACCAACUUCUAGUCGAAGUUCGACACCUGAAGAUCAUUCAUCACGAAGUUCCACACCAGAAGAAAACCGUCCUAGUGGCAAUGGCGGUGGUGCUGACGGUGAUAAGGCGUCGAAAGACGAACGAUACAAAGAACGAUAUAGAGAUGAACGUGAACACUAUCCAUCCUCCCGCCGACGUUCAUCACCGAAAGAUCGUACAUCAUCAUCCUAUCGUUCUCGUCAUCGAAGUGGUGACCAUGAAUAUGAACGACCAAGAGGUGAUCAGAAAUCAUCACGCGAUCGAGAUGAUAAAUAUGAGCGUUACUCACGCAAUGAUUCUAGACGACAUCAUCGGGAAGACAGUGGUCGUCACCAUCGCGGUGACGAAGAUUCAUCUCGUGGUCACCGUUCAUCUCACCGUACCCCAACAAAAAAUUUUUCAUCACCACCCAAAACAAUCCUUCCUAAUACAACACUAGAUCCUUCACAACCAUCAUCAGAAAAUCCUGAAUCGACCGACAAUGAUCAAUCGUCAAGCGCAAUUACAUCAACAACUAACCCAAUAGGUUCAACAUCAUCAUCGCCAAAUAGUCGAUCUCGUCGUGACGAUUCCGAACGUUCAUCUUCGCGUCAUGGUCAUCACAAAAAAUCUUCAAAACGCUCAAGACGCGACAGUGGCGAUGAACGAAGUCAUCACCGACGCUCGAAAGACAAAUCGAGUAGCAGUAAAAAGUCAGCAAGUCUAACAGAACCAGCAUCUGAUAUAUAUCAUAUGGCCAGUCCGCGUACUCGGUCGGUUUUGAAAGAUCUGAAGCUGAAAGAUGAUAAUAAUGUUUGUUUCGAAUGUGGAGCAUUAAACCCUCAAUGGGUCUCGGUUUCAUAUGGAAUUUUCAUUUGUCUGGAAUGUUCUGGUAAGCAUCGUGGCUUGGGCGUUCAUCUAUCAUUUGUUCGAUCGAUUACAAUGGAUAAAUGGAAGGAUAUUGAGCUAGAAAAGAUGAAAGCUGGUGGAAAUCGCCAAGCAAAAUCGUUUUUUGCCACACAAUCUGAUUAUGAUCCCAAUACGAUGAGUUUACAACAGCGAUACAAUACACGUGCUGCGGCACUCUAUCGUGAUAAAAUAAGUACUGAAGCACGAGGACAACCGUGGUCGAUCAGCACAUCUUCGGCACAAACCUACACAUCUUCUUCUUUACCAUCAACAACUGAAAAAUCUGCACAACAAAUCUCAUCCGAAUGGUCAGACUUCAAAUCAUCUGAUAGUCAAAACGAUGAUUACGGCGGUUAUCAAAAUAAUAAUUCAAAUGAACAGCAACCACAACGAUCUGGUUUGGGUAGUGGAAAUCCAAAAUAUUGGGGUUUUGGAAAUACAAAUAAUGAAUCAGCAUCCGGAUCUUCUCAACCAACUAGUCAAGAAUUACUUGCGUCAUCUAUAUCAAAUCUCAGUACGAAUGCAGCGAAGUGGGCUGGCGUAGCAAAAAGUUCGGUUUUUAAGUUUUCGAAAACUGCCGCCGAUAAAGCAUCGGAACUAACAUCUAAAUCUGGUGUGACCAAUGUCGCAUCAUCGGUGGGGAAAUUCGGUACGAAAACAUGGUCGGAUAUGCAAUCAUUAUGGUCUGGGAAAGAUUAUCAUUCUUCUAAACAAUCUGAUUCAAAUCAUGAUGAGUGGUCUUCAUAUCAGCAGGCGUCUCCGCCAUUAACAUUAGAUUCACAUCAUUCUGGUCAUCAGAAUACUUCAAAGUCGAAUACAAAUCUGUCCAGUCACGAAUUCGAAUCAGGUUUCGAUUCGUGGGUCAAUCAUGAACCGAACAUUUCGACGAAAAAGCCGGAUUCGAAGUCAAAAUCAACUACACACAAUAAACCGAAACAAGAGGAACAACCAGCAUCGAAUCUCAUUAAUUUCGAAGAUGAUAAAUGGGCCGACGAUGACGAUGCUGGAUGGGAAUCUAUCGACACUAAAUAA